AUGCCAGAAAUCGUCUGUGGUCGAAUCGGUUGUCGUUUUCCCAUUAAGUCAGACAGAAUAAUCUGCUCCCUCUGUUCUGCGAAUUUCCAUCCAAGUUGCUCUAAUUUAACACCAGAAGAAUUUGGCAAAGAGUCUAAUUCGGGCAACUGGAGGUGUUCAAAAUGUCCCUGUUCUACAUAUGCUAAUAGUAGUAAUGAUGCAUCACCAAAGCGUGUCAUUGCAGAUUCCAUCUUCCCAAUUUCUUAUGUCACAGGGAAUCCGAAUAAACUUCGUGAAACAAUAGCGGUUCUUGGUAAUGAGUAUGCUCAACUUAUCAAGCAGCAUGAUGCUGACCUCCCAGAGUAUCAGGGUAGCAGUCCCGAAGAAAUUGCAGUUCUGAAAUGUCGACAUGCCGCAAAUUUAGUUGACGGUCCUGUGCUGAUUGAAGACACGUGCCUUGCCUUUGAUGCCUUGAAAGGCCUUCCUGGUCCUUAUAUUAAAUGGUUUAUCAAAGCCGUUGGACCUGACGGUCUAAACAAAAUGCUUGAGGGUUUCAGAGAUGGUAUGCCAGGUGGUGACUAUGCUUCGGCUAUUUGCACUUUCGCCUACACCUCGGGCCGUGGGCCCGAAGCAGAAGUUAAGGUAUUGCAGGGAAUUACUCGUGGUCGUAUUGUGAAACCCCGGGGUAAAUCGGGUUUCGGCUUUGACCCCUGUUUUGAACCUCUCGAUUCACAAGGGCUGACCUAUGCUGAAUUAGGAUCUGAGGAGAAAAAUAGAAUUUCACAUCGGUUUAAAGCUGUGGAGAAGUUAAAAGUGCUUUUGAACGAGCUUUCCGAGACGAGAUGA